GAUUUCUUGGGAUCAUAGCCAGGAACAACUGGGCGGCAGGACCUCCUUGGCUGAGCCAGAUAUCUAAUCACCAGGAAUACAGGGGAAUCUGGAAGCCUGCCUAUUGAAACAUCAGGGAAUUCUACCCCCAAUAUCAGGAAUCUGACAUGAGUCCCACUUGGUGACUCUUUACAAGCUGGUUAAUGGAUUGUAUCGAUUUACUAAAGGCUUGGACACUGAGGAUGGCUUUCUACCAUGACCAAUACAUCAAUAGGUCGGUCUCAGGAGAUGGGAAUCAUCAGAGAACUGGCUCCAUACGAACUGCUUUGGUAACCCAGACAUAGAUUGGGAAUCGGCUGGGGAGACGUUUAUAAUGACAUCUGAGGUGAACACUACUCACUGGCCCUUAGCAUUUUGCAAGUACUUUUUGUUUCAAAUUAAACUUUUUUUUGUCAGUUGCCCCCGAAUUCCUCAGCUGUGAUAUCAUUAAGGAGGCAGCUGUUUCGUGCUAAGUGAGUGAGAGAGAGAGAGAAACACCCGCCCCCAAAAGCCUAGACUGGCCAAUAUUUACAUCCCAGCAGUGCGCAGGACCGAACUGAAACUGACAGGGACAUCGUACAGGAAAUUAACCAGCCCCAGUCAUCGCUGGGACAAAAACAGCUGGCAGGAGCGGGAGGCCAGCAGUGCAAACAUCUGGAACCUGCUCUGGGCGACAAGGCAUCCCACAAUAAUAGUGACAGAAGGAGGAGGCCUUUAAUAUUGAACCCCACAGGACUGGGGGAAGACCCAGAAAUGCUUGUAAGCAUGGCCGAUGGAGAAGUAGAACAACUGCAUCCUCGAGCUUAAUCGGGCUUCAGUGAAUUCGCCAUGAAUGGUGAUUCUGAAAGUCCGGAUUCUCUACAACACGUUCCAGACUGGAAGGAGUUUUGUGAAGUGCAGGCACGAGCUGCAGCGGUUGAAUUUGCCCAGAAAUUCCGGAUAUUUAUAAGUGAGAAUCCCCACUACGAGUGCCCAGGGAUAGAGACCACUUUCUCACAACACUUUGCCUCCCAUUUUGUGGAAUACUUUGCCUCGGAGGUGAACAGGCCAUAUCUGUCUGACUCCCCGAUCAAAUAUAACGUUGCUCCAUUUUCGGACAUCCAGAACUGCCAGCUGCCUUAUGGCAAAGAAAUCCUCCAGAGGAAAGUAAACUCUGAUUCCCUUGAGAGUAUAGACAGCACGUUGAACUCGAGCAGGUACCUGAGGCAGGCGCAGGUCUGGGACAUGUCGAACUUUGGCCAUUCCAGGAGCUCGGAGGAUGUUUCUGUCACUGCUUCUGGCAGGUCAAAGUUUAAGAAAGGGUUUUCUCUGCGGAACAUGAGCGUGUGUAUGGUCGAUGGAAUGAAGGAGAUUUUACAAUGGCGCUCCUCUGCCGAGCCACUGCUGGAUGCUGGGCAGGGCAAAAGGUCUAUGAAUCAAGACUCCUCGGGGAGUAAAUCGGAAAGUGAGGUCCGGGACAGAUGGAGCCACAAACUGGAACGUUUGCGCUUGACCCGAUCCUCAUCUGCUAAAGUGGAAUUGCUGGAUAUACAAAGAGAAGGCACUUUGAGGUACAUGGUAGCUGAUGACUCUAACUCGGUGAGCAGUACACAGUGGCAGAAGUGUCGGCUGUUGUUACGAAAAGCGGUCAGGCUGGAGGGAGAACGCUUCCUCUUGGAGUUUUAUGUACCACCAAAGUCUACGAAGCCCAGAGUCAGCAUCCCACUCUCUGCAAUCGUCAAGGUCAGGACCACAAUGCCACUAGAAAUGCCCGAUAAGGACAACACGUUUGUGCUAAAGGUGGAGAAUGGUGCGGAGUACAUCCUGGAAACAAUUGACUCCUUACAGAAACACUCCUGGGUGGCUGACAUUCAGGACUGCAUGGAUCCCGGUGACAGUGAAGAGGACUUGGAGCUGACUUCUUGUUCACAUGCAGUGAGCAUGCCCAGUAGAGAAUUACCUGCAAUUCCUCCUUGCAGUUGUGACUUUCUACCAGAUGUUUCACAAAAUAGGACACAGAGUGCAGCACAGUUGGACCCUCUCCCAGAACAUGAAGAGAUCUUUGUUGAUUUAUAUGGGAGGGAGCCUCUCAGAGUUUGGAGGGAGGUGAAUCCUUCACACCAUGCCACACUUCCAGCCGCCCCUACACAAUCGAACUGCAGAAGUGAUGCCCAUCAAUCACAGCACUACUUUGCCAACUCUGUAGCUGGCAGCCCUUAUUCUGCUGCCCAGGUUGAAGGGACAUCAGCCAACGCCCAUCCGGCACACCCCAGAUCAGAGGCUGCCAUCUCUGUUCGUACCAAUAACUCUGAACGUCUACUACAGCCUCAAGCAUCAACCUCAGAGGACUACCAUGACAGUGAUGGAUUGAGGAAUCGAUCGCGAGCUGUAGAAAAUCAAUAUUCCUUCUACUAAAAUCAGGAAACACAAUGUAGCAGUCCUAGGGGAUUGCCUAUAUAGAAAUAGGGACACUUUACAAAAUGCAUCUGCUCAACAAAAGGAGAGAAAAAUACAAGUCAGGGUAAAGAAACUAUUCCUAUCAUUUGACAGUCUAGUAAUGAAAAUGGAAAUUACUGCAGAAUAAGGGUUUAAUGUGAAUUAUCGGGUGUUUGAUGCCAUAUUUGGUUCAGGGCAAUUGGCAAAGACUGAUUUUGCUAAUUAAUUAUGGUCUUUCUAUAUAUUUGUAUCUGCACUUUUCAAUAUUACUGUAACAAAAGAAUUUCAAUGGACUGUGCACAGACAAUGAGUUAACAAUGAAUUGUCUUACUCAUUAUUUCGUCUGUAGUGUUGCUGUUUAUAGUGAGCCUGCUGUUGUUAUAAUCAGAUAAAGAUUUAGCUUGUUUGGUAUUCCUUUGUCCUGUUAUCUUUAGCAGUGGGGUGCUGACUGAUUUUUAAAGUUAGCAGUUUCCUCAAGGUCUAAAUGUGAUUUGAGCAGUUGGAUUCUGCUGCUGAAAUCUGAUGAGAAAUGAAUUUGUUCGAGUGUGUCUCAGUAGCUCCAACGUUUAGAGUUCCUGUUCCCAACCAAGAGGCACCAGGGUCCAUGCUGCCAUCAUUAAGCAGAACAUUUGAGUAAAUCUUGCUGGUACCAACUCCAGGAUGUUUGAUCUCUGUGUUCCAUUUUAGGAGAUAAUGUUACCAUUGUCUGAAUAGUUAUGAUUCAUUAUGUUUAAUGAGGGAGUGAUGUUAGUGAGAGUUGUGAAGAAUUUGCACAGUCCAGUCUCUCAUACUGGACAUCUCUCAGAAGAGUUGGUAAUGCCACUGAAUCAAAGAGCCAGAAAGCAAAAACUGAUACAGUGAAACCUUGGAGACUAUUCACUGCAACUAUUGUAAACUAACAAAUAUUUCAUUCAGGCUCCAUUUGUACUCGUGAUACUGAUUUGCAAUUUUGAGAAUUUUACGAAAAAUAAUGAACCAAGAUUUUUACUGUCUCAAAGAUUCCAUAAAACAUGUUUCGUGAA